AUGAAUUCUUUGACCAGAAUAUUAAAUAUAAGUUCGUCUAUCCCUAAGAGUACCAGGUUGAUAACAACAACAAGUACUCAUCAAAUUUCUGAUGAUGGAUGGCUUUCGAAGUUGCUGGUGCGAAGAAUAGAACCAACGAAAGAGUCUCACAGCCGUAUGCUAAGUGACAAAGAAAUUGUAUACGCACUUCACACGCAUAAUAUUCGCCCAGAUUCUGUGGAUAAAUAUCUGAAAAAUUAUAAAACAUCAGUUGAAUUUGUGACAUCAAGAAAAGCUGAGCUUGGUUGUGAGUUGGUGGGAUCAUGGACAGUCUCUGUGGGAGACAUGGAUCAAGCAUUACAUCUAUGGCGCUAUGUAGGCGGCUUUGAGAAAAUUGACAAAGCCAAAAUUUUAUUUAAAGAGAAUCCAGAGUAUCGCACACUUGAAAAGGAGCGGGGCAACUUCGUACGGUCCAGACAUCUGCAAUAUCUGCUGGCAUUUAGCUUCUGGCCUAACGGUGAACCACGCGAGCCGCACAACAUUUACGAGAUCAGAUCCUAUAGCUUAAAGCCGGGUACUAUGAUCGAGUGGGGCAACAACUGGGCCCGUGGACUCACUUACCGACGCUCCCAGAACGAAGCUUUCGCUGGUUACUUCUCGCAAAUUGGACGUCUCUACAACGUACAUCAUAUUUGGUGCUACAAGAACCUGCAAGCGCGACGUGAAACUCGCGAAAGCACAUGGCGCAACCCAGGCUGGGACGAGUGUGUCGCGUACACAGUGCCGCUUAUACGAGAGAUGCACUGUCGUAUACUGGAGCCCACCGAGUUCUCACCCACGCAGUAA